GGCGCUAACACGUGACGCCACGAAGCUAUAAAUGGAUGUUGAACAGCACUGUGCUCGCCAGUCAUUGCUGGCAGAUUCAAAGAGAACACGAAAUGGCGUCGACUAGCCGUGGUGAUGCUCUAGCCCUUCCCAAAGUGCAAUGUCCAAACCAUCCAGAAGCACUGUUGGUUGAAGACUACCGAGCUGGAGAUAUGAUCUGCCCAGAAUGUGGACUGGUUGUUGGUGACAGAGUUAUUGAUGUUGGAUCAGAGUGGAGAACAUUUAGCAACGACAAAGCAGCAAAAGAUCCCUCUCGAGUUGGUGAUGCCCAAAACCCACUUUUAAAUGGAGGAGAUUUGAGUACAAUGAUCAGCAAGGGAACAGGUUCAGCAAGUUUUGAUGAGUUUGGCAACUCGAAGUACCAGAACCGCAGAACUAUGAGCAGCUCCGACAGAGCGAUGUUAAACGCAUUUAAGGAAAUCACCAACAUGUCGGACAGAAUAAACCUCCCCAGAAAUAUCAUAGAUCGAACAAAUAACCUAUUUAAGCAAGUGUACGAGCAGAAGAGCCUGAAGGGAAGAAGUAAUGAUGCAAUUGCUUCUGCUUGCCUUUAUAUUGCCUGUAGACAAGAGGGUGUUCCACGGACAUUUAAAGAAAUUUGUGCAGUCUCCAGAAUUUCUAAAAAAGAAAUUGGCCGAUGUUUCAAGCUGAUCCUGAAGGCACUUGAGACGAGCGUGGACUUGAUAACAACUGGAGACUUCAUGUCCAGAUUCUGCUCCAACCUGGGGUUGCCCAAGCAAGUGCAAAUGGCUGCUACCUAUAUUGCAAGAAAGGCUGUUGAGCUCGACCUGGUACCUGGCAGGAGCCCUAUCUCUGUUGCAGCGGCAGCCAUCUACAUGGCAUCACAGGCCUCUGCAGAGAAGAAGACUCAGAAAGAAAUCGGAGACAUUGCAGGUGUUGCCGACGUCACAAUCAGGCAGUCGUACAGACUCAUCUAUCCUCGAGCAGCAGAUCUCUUUCCACCAGACUUUAAAUUUGACACCCCUGUUGAUAAACUUCCCCAGCUGUAAAUUGCUAUAUGUAAUGUCGAAGUUAAAGUUUUUAUUUUCCUUUUUUCUUUUUUUGGUGAACUUUGACUUUCAUAGACAUUUAGAAAAUAUUAUUUGAGCCUUCUAUUGAGAGAGUGAAAGUUUGUAAAGAACUGCAGGAAUAAAACAAGAGUACAGGACACAUUCCAAUGCUUAAAAAAAGCAGACUGUUUGUACUUGCUCACUAUUUUAUUUGUGUGUGUGUAAUAUAUAAAAAUAAUGUGCAAGGGGAAGAAAUGUAUUUAUGAAGCCGGUUGCAAAAGACAGAUUUCAUACUGUAUUUACACUUUUGUAGAAAAUAAGCAAGUUUGAUUUUGUCAGUUGUAUGCAAAAUAUUUAGUACAUUUAAAAACAACUGAAACAAAAAAAGUCAUUUACUGAUAUGCCCAGAUCUGCUGACUUAAAUUUUAGAAAUGGGAUAUUCCUUGGAUUGUAUUUAGAAUUGACAUCAGCUCUCACUGUUAUUGUAGUCUUGAGAUUAAAAUGGUGUCUGAGCUCUACAAAGGCAGGACAAGUCUGCAGGUCAUGGAUAUCCCAGAAGGUGUGAAGUGUCUUUGAUGCAGUGGAGUAACAGUCCAAGAAAGCACAGCACAGUUUGUCCAAGGAGGACCCUGAAAAUAAGUGUGUGUGGAGACCAGUCAAUAAUCUAAUCUUAGGGGAACCGCUCACAGGAUGAAUCUCUUGUGCAAGUCUGCAUCACCAGCACUCUGUUCCACAAGGCGUCACUGAGCCCUAUAGGAAAGCAGUGGCUUUUGGUGUAUGAGGUUGUACUGCAACUGAUCAUUAUUCAUCUGUGUCAAUUGAAGGGAUUACAUUGUGCAAUUGGGAGUAAUUUGCUGUAAUGACUCACAAAAAAGGAGUUUGAUUAUUGACUGUAGUCUUAUAAUUUUUGCCAUUUCACAAUUCUUAGACUGUAAAGUUGAGUUAGAAGUGAUUUGUUUGCUGAUAAAUUGUCAAUAUCAACAGUCCUGAUUUCUUCAUGAUGCUGCAAACUGAUACACUAAACCAUCAUGGCCUUUAAAUCUAAACUAGCACAUUUACUGUCUAUUAAAUUAUUAAAUUAUACAAAGUUAUAUAUUGAAUUCUAAGCAGGUUACCUGUGCCGAAUUUAAUAAAGUCAGCGGUCUGGGUUUAUAAUAUCCUUUAGCACAGUUGUACAUUUGAUGUUUUUUUUUUUUUUUAAUUUUAUUUUUUUAAAAGGGCUUGCUGUAUUUCUAGCAAGGAUUUGUAAAUACAUUUGCAGUCAUUAGUUGUAUGUUAAUUUACAAAUAAAAAAAAACACUACAUCAGUGGGACAA